AUGGAGGUUCUCAACAAAAAUCAUAAAGAGGAUGACGAAAAUGCCAACAGCGGAAAUAAUAAUAAACUUAAUAAAAUUCCAUCUAUCUCAAAGAACUAUAGACCUCGUCCAAAUGAUAGCACAAAUAAUAACAACAUACCGAAAUCUGAAUCAGGACCUCGUAGACAAAAAUCUCUUAUAAGACCUGAGCGUGCAAGGAGAAAUCAACGUAGAAUAAGUAGAGGUGUGACAAAUUUUGCUGUCGAUGAUUCCACUGAGAGAUGGAGUAUCCUUCCUCCAAAUGCUCUUAAUAUUACUGCUAAUGGCAAUGUCGGGGCUGGUGGUAAUGACGACGGUGGCGAUGAGAGACGUUUGAGUCGACCACUUAAUAGAAGACUUUCAACGAGAGAACCACCUAAAAAAAGAAAGUGGUAUAAAUGUCAAUGCUUUUCCACUUGGUUAAUAUAUACCAACUGUGUCACUUGUUGUAUUCCUCCUUCUCUAUUAUCUUGCUUUGGUAUGCAUGAUAAAUUGGUUCAAAGAGCUUGGAGAGAAAAAAUGGCUUUGGUAUCUAUAAUAUUGAUUCUUUGUGCCGCCGUGGGUUUCUUGACUUUUGGUUUCACUCAAGCUUUAUGUGGCAUACCUCCACCAAGAGUUCGUGUAGGCGGUGUCAGUCUGCAACAAGCCGUCAUACUAGGUAGUAUCUAUGAUCUAACCGACUAUCCACAUCCCGUUGAACUACCUGAUAUCACUGAAAAAAAGGGCGGGAAUUUAUUGAAUGGUUUGGCCGGUGGAAAGGAUAUAUCAUUUUUAUUUCAAACUCUAAAUAACGAAUGUAAAAAUAUUCUAAUACCCAAAAAUGGAAAACUUCAAAACUAUUUCCCUUGUAAUGCAACUGAUGCAAUUGAUGAUUUUUCGGAUCUUAAGCCUACUGAUAAUCCUACUAAUUUUGGGUGUCAUGAUGUCGACGUUUCAAAAUCUGAUAUUGAUGCUUUAACUUAUGUCGGUGACGUAUUUUUCGAUUGGGAUGAUGUACAAAGAGGUGAUCGCAAUUUUGUUGUUCAUAAUGGUAAUGUGCUCGAUUUGGGAAAACUUAAAUAUUUGGUUUCAAACAUUGAGAUGAUUCCGUUAUUAAAGCAAAUCAGUGUGACCGAAAUUGACAAUUAUCGAGGUCGUGAUCUAACUUAUUACAUGCAGCAAAAUGUGGAUCGCAUCCAAUUAGCAAAAUGUUUAGAGGAGACAGUAAGAGUUGGUGUUGUAGAUUUUAAUUCAAUAGGGUGUAUGAUCACUGAUGUUGUAACUUAUGUUUCGUUGAUGGUAAUCGUUGGUGUGGUAUUGGUCAGAUUUUCUUUGGCCGUAUUGUUUGGUUGGAUAUUAAGUUGGAGAUUGGGCAGUUUUCGUGAGGAAACCGCAGAGGAGCUUGCUAUGCGUGAACGAGAUAUUGAAAAAUGUACAUCAAGAUAUUCAACUCAAUCACCAGGUACUGGAACUUAUGAUCGUAACAGAAGAGUAGAAAAUCGUUCCACAAGGAUGUACAAUUUGCCGAAUGGGAAUGGGUCUGGUGAGAAUAUUUUUAAUAAAAACAGUUCAACUACUUCCCUUGUAAGACCGUUAUCUACAACUAAUAGUUUUAACACAGGACACUUUAAAGAAACGGAUUCAGGAAGGACAAGUCGUCGCUCUUCUAUCAACGAGUACAAUCACACUCGUACUGACUCCAUGUCAUCUUCCACUUCAUCUCUUGCCCAGACUUCUUCUUUCCAGCAAUUACCCCAAGAGCCUGAACAACGUUUUAACUUCCCACUUAUACACACUAUAUUAUUGGUCACUUGUUAUUCUGAGGGUGAACAGGGCCUUAGAACCACUCUGGACUCGUUGGCUAAUACCGACUAUCCCUCUUCACAUAAGCUUAUUAUGGUGAUAGCUGAUGGUAUAAUAAAAGGAUCAGGAAACGAUAAAUCAACUCCAGAUAUUUGUUUAUCAUUGAUGAAUGACUUCUUCAUAUUACCAGAAUUGGUACAAGCUCACUCCUAUGUUGCUAUUGCUGAUGGUAAAAAACGUCAUAAUAUGGCAAGAGUUUACGCUGGUUUCUAUAGUUAUAAAGAUUUGGAAAAUAAAACUAAACGCAUACCAAUGGUAACUGUUGUAAAGUGUGGUGGUCCAGAAGAACAGGACGACAAGAAACCUGGUAAUAGAGGAAAAAGAGACUCACAAAUUAUUUUAAUGGGCUUUCUACAAAAAGUCAUGUUUGAUGAAAGAAUGACACCUCUUGAGUAUGAGUUUUUUAACGCAGUUCGUAGUGUUAGUGGCGUCACACCAGAUUACUUUGAAAUUGUUCUUAUGGUUGAUGCUGAUACUAAAAUUUAUCCUGAUUCAUUAACUCGUAUGAUUGCUUGUAUGUCAAGAGAUCCUAAUGUAAUGGGACUUUGUGGUGAAACAAAAAUUGCAAAUAAAACUGAUAGCUGGGUUACUGCAAUUCAAGUUUUUGAAUAUUAUAUUAAUCAUCAUAUGCAAAAAGCCUUCGAAUCAAUAUUUGGUGGUGUUACAUGUUUACCCGGUUGUUUCUGUAUGUAUCGUAUCAAAGCACCAAAAGGACCAAACGGAUACUGGGUACCAAUUUUAGCAAAUCCAGAUAUCGUUGAACAAUAUUCUGAAAAUAUAGUUGACACACUUCACAAAAAAAAUCUUUUACUACUUGGAGAAGAUCGCUACCUAACAACCCUGAUGCUUAAAACUUUUCCUAAAAGGAAAAUGAUGUUUGUGCCACAAGCUAUUUGUAAAACAAUUGUCCCAGACACAUUUGAAGUUCUGAGAUCUCAAAGACGUAGAUGGAUCAAUUCAACAGUUCAUAACUUGUUGGAACUUGUGCUGAUACCAGAUUUGUGCGGUACAUUUUGUUUCUCUAUGCAAUUUGUCAUAUUUAUGGAAUUGGUGGGAACAGUGGUGUUGCCGGCCGCAAUUACAUUCACAGUGUAUCUUGUCAUCAUAUCGUUUGUUAAACGUCCUGUACCAGUGAUACCUCUAUUACUUUUAGCAGCUGUUUUAGGUUUGCCAGCCGUGCUUAUAUUACUCACCACACGAAAACUUAUUUAUGUUGGAUGGAUGUUGGUUUAUUUGUUUUCGCUACCAAUAUGGAAUUUUGUUUUACCUGUUUAUGCAUAUUGGCAUUUUGAUGAUUUCUCAUGGGGACAAACGAGAGUGGUUGAGGGUGAAGUCUCUGGUGAGGAUCAUUCACGUAAAGAAGGUGUAUUUGACAGUUCGAGAAUAGUGAUGAAGAAAUGGGCAGAAUGGGAAAGGGAAAAACGAAUGAAGAUACGUAAUUCACAGUUAAUACCUUUCUCAACGGCUCAAAUGUUGCCCGAUGAAAAUUACAAUAAUGUACUAUCAUCAGCAUCAUCAAUAACAUCAACACCUGCUACACUAACUACACCACCUUCGGCUUUUGCUUCCUCAAGACCUACAUCUGUGAUAUCAAAUUUUGCUGGUUUCGACAAAUCAUAUUUACAAUCAGCUCCACCAUUACCAUUUAAUCCACGUGGAGGAGUUAGUAAACGUACAAGUACAAGGCCCCGUGCUGAUUCUUUGAUGAUACCACCACCUUUAGCGGGAGGUCCAAUAUUAGGAAAUAAUAAUAAUGUUUUUACUAGUAGUCCUGCUAGCAGUUUAAUGUCAUCACCUCUUAAUGUAUCAGCUUAUCAUCAACAACAGCAACAAAAACAUUUGGGUCGAG